AUGCCGUAUUAUUUGGCACCCCUUUGGGACGUCCAUUAUGCGCACAUGGAUCGCACGUCGUCCAACCAGACGACCAAGGGCACCAGAAACGAGAUCUAUCACAUUCCCAAAGAGCUUCGCUCGAAGUUAAAGCACGCGCGCGCCGCACGAGGGAUGCUUCAAGACCUGGAGGAAGAUAUCAGACAGUUCAUUCAGCGAUGGAAUGAAAAGCAACGUCUGGUUCGCAAGGAGGGGUUGGCAGAUGCCCCUCAAACCUCCGAUGAGGACUCCGAGGACGAAAUUGUCUUUGUAGGACGAAACGGACAAAUGCACGAUUCGCCCGCGCGUAAGCAGAAGCUGCAGCAAAUGAGUCAGGCUAUGAUUGCUCAUAAUGAGCGCGAUGGCGAGAAGAUGGUGUUUGAGAGCUUGGCCGAUGACAGAGCUGCUGCUUUCGGUCGCUGGCUUGUUCAUUCUAUUGCAUCUUAUUAUGGGUUACAUACUUGGUCUGUCACGGUGGGUGAGCCUGCUCGCCGUGAGGCAUACGUCGGAUUUCAUCCCCCAACCGGUGGCAGUCGCGCAACCGGGCUGUUCGGGGAUUCCACUGGCUCGGGAACGUGCCGCCGUGAAGCUCUGAAUCAAACCGAGGAUGAGCUUCCUCGACCACUGUGGGCACAGGUAUAA